CAACGUCGCCAUGGACCUCGCCUAAUGCAACCGUCGUGCUUGGGAGAAGCAGUUUAUGCCUAGCUGGACUAUCUUUGACCAAACUAUGCUCAAACUUCUUCCGUUGCAAUGUUUUUUUAGUCUGAAAGAAUAUCCGGAGUAGCCUGCCCUGGUUUAGAACCUGCGCAAGGUAAAUACAAAAACAGUUUAACGGUUUUUAUUCUCAUUUGCGUGCGAACAAUCAUCAAUAGAGAUGUACCAUGGCGGGCAAAGCGGCGGUGACUUUCCGUUUGGGCCGAACGUUGUAAAAGAAUCGGGAACCUAUGGAAAUUGUGUCCUCUGUGGGUUAACUUUAAACCAUGAGCGAUAUCCCCAACUUCUUCCCUGUUUGCACUCUAUUUGUCAAGCAUGUCUGCCCCCAGACAAUCCAGGGUUGCAGAAAGAUCUCUCUAUCUCUCCAGCAUGUCCGUCCUGUGACCUGCCAUUUAAUAUUCUGGAAGUCAAAGAUAAUCUCUUUAUUAAGAGCUCUUCCAACGAACUCUGGACUGGUAAUGUCCAGUGUACCUGUUGUGAGGGGUUCGUGGCGAGUGGCUGGUGUGUGGAGUGUGGAGAGGCGCUGUGUUCGGAGUGUGUAUCUGCACACAGGAGAGUGAAGGUGACGAAGGACCACACUAUCCGGCUCCAACCCCCAACAGGAGUCUCCGCCCCCACAGUGUUUUGUCCCACACACAAACAUGAGCCAAUCAAGCUCUUCUGUUUGACCUGCGAUCAGCUGACCUGUCGAGACUGCCAACUAAUGGAUCACAGGAACCACAGUUUCCAGUUCCUCCAUGAGGCGAUGGUCAGCCAGAAAGAGCAGCUUCAGUCCCUGGUGCAGAGAGUGAGGCAGCAGAGAGUUGCAGUGAAGCAGAGUCUCCUGGACAUGGAUGGCAGAUUGCUAGACAUAACACAACUAAAGUCAAAGCUGAGGGAGAGUCUGAAGAGAAUGCUUUUUGCCACUGUUCAACUCUUGAAAUCGAGAGCCACGUCGCUCUACAGCAACAUAGAGACUAUGUGUAAUGCCGAGGUGGCAGGGAUCGAGACGAGACGGAGUGCACUAAACAAACUGGGGCAGAGACAGGACUAUGUUGCUGACUUUGCUGAGAAAGCCCUGAAUGUGGAGGACUUCUUUGCCCUGCUCUCCUGCAAAGGGCAGAUUGGAUCCCAGUUACAGCAUCUCUUGACUCAGAGUACUGAGCCCCCGGGGACCAUGCUUAAGUUACAGCUGGUGAUUACUGAUGACUUCAAGAAACAAAUAGCUUGCUUUGGUAAACUUUUGGGCGAUAUUGUUCCCUUUGCCCAAUCACAUGUUAGUCAAGACAAACCCCUGGAAAACCAAGAAAGACCCAAUGCUCCCUCUGGCCAGACCUCUUCCUGUGCUCCUAACAUGUCCAUCCAUUCUGUUCCCCCUCCACUUAACCCUGUCUUCCAGCCCCCACGCCCCUCUUACACUGCCCCAUCCAACCCCCACAGUCAGCCUUCCACCUCCCGUGAGCCUCCUCCUUAUCGCUCCCUGCCUGUCCACACCCCUUCAAGCCAUCCUGUGACACCCCAGCCCUGCCCAUCUACACUAGCCCCAUCUCACCCCUCCCUGAAUAUACAUAAUCCACCAUUCUGUCUUCCAUCAAAUCCUGCCCAGCCAUCACUUGUCCCUGCACUUCAUGUCCAGUCACCGUUGGUCCCCACAAACCCUGCCCAGCCAUCACUUGUCCCUUCACUUCAUGUCCAGUCACCGUUGGUCCCCACAAACCAUGCCCAGCUAUCCCCUGUUCAGCCUCCAACCUCCCCAUCUCUCCAACCACUGAUUGAGGCCACACCUAGACUUUAUGGUAUGUUCAAAGCAACUCCUCCACCUGGACCUGGACGAUCUCGGAGAGGUAAGGAUGGAAAGUCCUGGACGUUCCACUCAUACUCACCCGGAGAGAUCUGCCACCCACCUUCUGGCUCCUCCUCUCCUGCAGCCGUAGCUCAGCAUCAGAAAAGGAACUUUCCAAAAUCGCAGCUACUGUGGAUCCUCCAUCAGCCUCCCUCUGUAAACCCCAUCCCUGUCCUCCCGGUGAAAGCCCUAGCAGACUCCCCCUGUGAUAGAAGCCUGCCUCCUACUGGUCUGGCAGACCCUGACCCAAACUCUCAGGCCAGGGAGAACGAGCCCACCUCUACUGUCACUGAGUUGGAGACUGACCCAGAGGCAGACAGUGCUAUGGAGUUGGAGGUCCCGUCAGCCUGGGAUGAUAGAAAGGCAGCUGCCUGCUCGGACAGUACUUCUUCAGAUCUGCAGUUCACAGGGACUUUGUCUACUGAGAGGACCUCUAAUCAUCUCUCUUACAGUGUCUUAACCCACACCCACCACCGCAAAGAAGAAACUGACACGGACCCUAACAGUAAACCCUAUUCUGUGGGUAGGACCCAUACUGCCCCCCACAACAAUAAAAAGAUAGCUUAUGACCAACAACAUGAGGAUGCUAAGGCUAUCAGGUCACUUCAUCGACGUGUGAAUAACUGGAGAACUGAGCUGCCAACACGCAUUAGAGUGCUACUGGAGGGUCCCUCUCCACUCCCCACCAGGACAGGUUCGGUGGAGGGUCCCUCUCCACUCCCCACCAGGACAGGUUCGGUGGAGGGUCCCUCUCCACUCCCCACCAGGACAGGUUCGGUGGUGGCCACUGAAAUGCCAACCAGGCAACCCAACACCACCCAGCCACCGAGCUUGACCAAUGGCAACAAUGUUAACAACUCAAGGUCCUGGCAGCCCAGGGUCUUGAUUUUUCGGCUACCCAUCUCCACCCCCAGUCCUGGAUGCGCUCUUCCUCAGUUCCUGCUUGUCCAAGGGGCCAGCAAAGAUGAGAUUAUUCUGCAAGAGAUUGCAGAAGAACACCAGUCCCAUGGCGAUGACAUCACACCACCAGAGUCAGACAGCCUCCUCUGGACUAAGGCCCUGUCCUCCCCAGAGAGUCCCCCACUGCUCCAGUAUGUGACCUGUGCGGCCUGUCAUACUGUUGGCGGUUCGCUAUUCUGUGUAGAGUGUGGGAGGGGCUACCACCAAGAUUGUCAUAUCCCACCCAUUGGUCCUUCCUUCUGGGAGGAGUGGAAGUGUUCACUUUGUCAGGACCUGGCUGACACCACAGACCCCUACAGUGAUGACAGGCACAGGACUAUGUGCCUCAGCCUAGCAGACCAGCGGAAAUGUGAGCAUCUCCUACUUUUUCUAAGGUGUGAGAAUGACAGAAACAUCCUUUGCAGCACGGCUGAGCCCCCCUCAGAUUCAAUAUGUCUUGACUCCAUACAUGGAAGGCUGCUACAACAUCGAUCACCCCCUUACCGUACCCCCUCCGAAUUUGUCUCUGACGUCUGGGUCCUUUUCGAAGCCAUGUUGAUGAACUCAAAGGCCCAGGAGUUGGUUGUCAAGCUACGGGGCAGCUUUCAGAGGAAGUUAGGGGAAGUGUUUGGGACAGCUCUCCACCCCUCCCUCCUCAGCCACCCUAACAGCAGCUGGACUGAGACGGGGGAACCUGAGGAACCAACAGCUGCAGAGUCUCUGAAGAGGAUGAGGGAGAUGCUGAAUAUGACCAAAGUGCCAAAAGCUAAGAAACAUCACUCCCAGGUCAGAGUUGAAACAGAUGAAAAUGAAACUAAUAUGAAAAAAAUGAAAAAGGAUGCAGACUGAAUAAUGGCCAUUGAAGUGGAGACUCAGAAAUGCUAUGUUAGUCAAUUAUAUACAACUGAUAUUGUACUUUGUUUCAUUAAAUUAAAUACAAAAGGGA